AUCGUUUAAAAGCAUGGAAAUUUCUGACCUAAAAUAUAUCUGGUAUCACAACAGUCAAAACAUGUAUUCUUCCAAGUUAAUACUGCUUUCGGUAUUGUGUUUCUAUGCUGACUAUGCGGUAGCAAUGACAGAGCCACCAAAAGAUCCGAUGCCUACAAAACCACCAGGACCUAGGCAACGUUUAGAGGGAACUUUCAUCUAUUUGGACAAAUCCAACGGUCAUGAUAUGCAAACUUUUUGUACCUGCAGCAAGGAUCCUCAUGAUUCGGUGUUUAGCAGUCACUUUAAGAUAUUGCCAACUUGUUCGGCACUUCCAUCGCCAGCAUCGGGCCCUGGUUGUCAUGAAUAUAUGGCCAUUUUGAAUCAACUGGUUGAAACGAGUGAAAAACUACGCCAAGAAAUAAAUACUGUGGCCUCGGAUUCGAAAAUCGUAAAUGUUAGUAUAAAUCAAGUGAAGGUUACCGUCAAGCAACUGAUAAAAGUAGUAGAAGGUAAAAUAAAUAGCAGUGGUGGCUCCAGCGGAGGAGGAUCCGGUAGUUCCCAUGUAGAACAGCAUGCCAGUCCAAUAACCCUGAUUAUUCAGAAACUAUUCGGGUAUCCAGCGGGUUGCAAAUUACCUGAAUGUGGGAGGAACCAGGGAACAGCUAACGCUUCGAUAAAACAAAAGGAGCUAAAAGAUAUGUUCGAACGCAGAAGAACUACAAUAAAACCCAAAAUGGAACCUAAUAAUUAUGGAUAUGGGAAUUUGUGAGUGUUUACUUGCAAGUAAUAAAAUUUAAUAAUAUUGAA